AUGAGUCCCUCCACUAUGAGGGAUUCCAAUUUCCAAGCCACCGAAAGCAACAGAGCAGCACAUGGCUGGCACGUGAAGAUGAAGAAUUGUGAUGAUGCUUUAGCUACUUUCCGUCUCUAUAAAUGGAGAGCUGAGCAAGAGAAGAAGGGAACACCAAGCCUUAGGGCAAAGAGAGCUAGGAUAGAGAGGGAGAACCAAGAGCUAUUCUGGCUCUCUUUUAUUAGUAUGUCUAGCUAA